CAGGGGACUUUCACGGCGGCUCGGAGCUGCCGCCCGACUCCGCCAGUUUCACUGAGCUGGUCUUGGCGGAGAUGCCAGAUAAAACACCAGAGGGUAAAGAAACCUUAUCCAGGAAUGAAGAUGGCUACCAUUUGCCUCUUGACGUAUUGCCUCCUGUGAUGAUGGGCACGACUCCCAAGACAACAGGGGAAAACCUGCACAGAGAAGACGGACACUACCGCUACUGUGGAAUCAAGACCAUGGAAUUGUCGGACAGUGACCGUCCUGUUAGCUUCAGCUCCACGUCGUCCUCUGCAUCCUCUAGGGAUAGCCACUGUUCCUUUGGCAGCAGAACAACCUUAGUUUCAAACAGUCAUCUGGGCUUAUUCAACCAGGAUAAGGAAGCAGGGGCUAUAAAACUUGAGCUGAGUCCAGCCCAGCGAUUUUCCAACAAGGAGCUAAGAAAAAAUAACCCCAUAAAAGAACAGGCUUCUGAUGGAAGUAUUGGAAGAAGGCCAAACAUGCCAUGGAAAGCUGAAUCAAAGGAAAGCAGCAAAAAUUGUGUCACGUCCCUGAUCACUGAGCCUACAAGUCCAAAGCUUUUGUAUGUUGAUAGAGUGGUUCAAGAAAUCCUGGAGACUGAGCGGACAUAUGUGCAGGAUUUAAAAAGUAUUGUGAAGGAUUAUCUUGAUUGCAUCACUGACCAAUCCAAGCUCUCUUUGGGGACAGAGGAACGAUCAGCUUUGUUUGGAAACAUAAAAGAUAUCUACCAUUUCAAUAGUGAACUUUUGCAAGAUUUGGAAAACUGUGAAAAUGACCCUGUAGCUAUAGCAGAAUGUUUUGUUUCUAAGAGUGAAGAUUUCCACAUAUACACUCAAUAUUGCACCAAUUAUCCAAGGUCAGUGGCUGUGCUAACAGAAUGCAUGAGGAACAAGUCCCUGGCCAAGUUUUUCAGGGAGAGACAAGAAGCUUUACAGCAUUCCCUGCCUUUAGGAUCCUAUCUCUUAAAACCUGUUCAGAGAAUACUCAAAUAUCACCUACUUUUGCACGAGAUAGAAAACCACCUUGACAAGGACACUGAAGGCUAUGAUGUGGUUUUAGAUGCCAUAGAUACAAUGCAGAGAGUGGCAUGGCAUAUUAAUGACAUGAAGAGGAAACAUGAACAUGCUAUCAGGCUGCAGGAGAUUCAAAGCUUACUCACUAACUGGAAAGGACCAGACCUUGCUAGUUAUGGGGAACUGGUUUUAGAAGGAACAUUCCGUAUCCAGAGAGCCAAAAAUGAGCGUACUUUGUUCCUCUUUGACAAACUACUGCUCAUUACUAAGAAGAGAGAAGAGAUGUUUACCUACAAAGCUCAUAUCUUGUGUGGCAAUCUCAUGCUGGUAGAAGUAAUACCAAAGGAACCUCUUAGCUUUAGUGUCUUCCACUACAAAAAUCCCAAGAUGCAGCAUACUGUUCAGGCUAAAUCACAACAAGAUAAGCGUCUUUGGAUUCUUCACUUGAAGCGAUUAAUUCUAGAAAACCACCCAGCCAAAAUCCCAGCUAAGGCCAAGCAAGCAAUUCUUGAAAUGGAUGCUAUCUAUCACCCAGGAUUUCAUUAUAGCCCAGAAGGAGAAAUAAAACCAUCAAGUAAUUCAAAAGAAGGGAUCACCCCGCAGAGGAUGAGAAGGAAAUCAGAACCUUCAUCCAGAGCCCAUAAAAUUAUAAAACCAAGUGAAAUGGAUCCAGAUGUGCAAAAGCGGAUCAGUAUUGAAGGAGCCCUGUUAUCUCAGGCUGAAGCUCUCCUCAGUCCCAGGAAAAAACUCUCAUUGAAUCGAAAAGAGUUAGAUUCCAAUGAAGUGGUCUAUAGUGAUCGAGAGGAUAAUGCCCUCCCAGGUGGUACAGAUCAGACUGAUGCCGAUGAUGAGGAAGAGACUGAACAGAGCACACAACAAAAUUCACAGCAAAAAACAAAAGGAGGCCGCAAAAGACUAAAUAGUCAAGUUACUGAAAACUUUGAGAAACGAAGAAGUGUUAAUCUCAGCAAAUAUGAAAUUCAGAACUCCAAAGAGCUUGCAGAUGAAGCAGCUUCCCAAGUGAAUACAAAGCUUUCAUUUUCCUGUAGUGGAGGUGGUCAGCCAUCUCGACAGUUCACAAUGCAAAACGGCUCAUUUAUGGUGAAUAUAUUGGGAAGAACAGCUGCAGUAAGAAACAUCUGGACAGACCAUCAGAUUCGACAAGCCUUGUUCCCAAGCAGUCGCCCUCUGCAAGAGAACAUAGAGGAUGAAGAUGAUUAUCAGAUGUUUGUGCCAUCAGAGUCUACAUCUAAUUUAGCUUCCAUUGCAUGUGAAGAGAGGGUCCUAUCAGGCCGUCCUUGCAGCUGGCAUGUAGGACAUCAAAGUGACAUUUCCAGCUCUAAUUCUCAUAGAAUUGUGAGGAGAGCCAGCAGUGCUGGUGAAAGUAAAACUUCUCCGUCUGGUUCAAGAUUCAGAAAAAAUGACCUUGGUCAAAAUGCUUCUUGGAAUGAAAUGAAAAAUUCUCGCAGCAACAUGGACAAUCUGCAGGUGUAUCCAGAAUCUUCAGAAGAACUGACUAUCGAUGACAUAGAUCAUGUCUAUGACAAUAUAAGUUUUGAAGAUUUGAAACAAAUGGGUCUGGCUCGGAGGGAAGAGUCCGACUAUGUGCCCCGGGGGUCAGCUAGAGACUCACUCUAUGAGACUCAAGACCAAGAAGUUACUUUCAAGAAAAGACAAGGAUCUCAUUGCAGGACUUUCAUUCCAAACAGGAAUGAAACUAUUCCCAGUAGAGGCACUCCACCUGCAAGCUCUCACGAUCUAAGGAUCAGUGAGGAAAACAUCUAUGAUACCAUAGUCCUCCCAAAGCUGAAUUUCAAGUGUGAUAGCCUUAAGGGUUCCAAAAAGAGAAGUUUUCUGGGUCUGGAAACAGAUUUUGCAUGUUGUGAUCAUCUCCGAAAAUUUGUUUCUGAAGAAAGCCUCCAAUUCAGUGAAGAUGAAAAUCCAUAUCAUUAUGUUCCAUUAGACCAUGACUAUUUGAGCUUAGUGGAUAGCUCCUCAAACUCUGACUCACACUCUCACAAGUCUGCUGCAGAUAAAUUAUCAGAGGAAGUAGAUGAAAUCUGGAAUGACUUAGAGAAUUAUAUCAAGAAGAAUGAAGAAAAGACACGCGAUCAUGUCCUUGCAGCUUUUCCUGUCUGCAAAGAUGACAUAGACAAUAACACAUCUACUGGAACUACUUUUGAAUUAAAUAAAGAUGUAGAGUAUUCACUGCCCACUCUCGCACUGCCAGAAACGCCUGUAUUCCCCAAAACUUUGCUCAACAAGGUAGCCAGGUUAAGUGAAUCCAACCUUAGGUUUGAAGAAGCAGCCUCAUGUAAAGCAAAUUCACUGGUAAGUCUAAACAGAACUUCACUCUCCAAUGAGAUGGCUUUCGUAGAUAGCCUUUAUGAAUCUGCCAAUAAUAUUCUGUGCAGUGCAAAUGCAGAGAAUGCUGAAAGUGAAUUGGAUGCUGUGGAUAAAACAAAGAAUCGGGUCUUCAUGAUGGCAAGACAGUACAGCCAAAAAAUUAAGAAGGCAAAUCAGCUUUUGAAAGUAAAAAGCCCAGAGCAAGAGCAACAUCUUAGCCAGCAACAGAAAUCAAGGCACAAGGAUUUAGCAGCCAUUCUGGAAGAGAAGAAACAAGGGGGCCCUGCCAUUGGUGCCAGAAUUGCUGAAUAUUCACAGCUCUAUGAUCAGAUUGUUUUUCGGGAAACCUCACCCAAAUCACAAAAGGUCAGUUCUCAGGAACCAUCUAACGUAAGGUAUUCCUCACCAGUGUCGACAUCUCAGUUAGCUGCCGAAUGCUUAAGAGCUGAAGACUGGUUUUUGCACUCAACAUACAGUAAUGGAGAACUCUCAGACUUCUCUCCUUGGCCAGAUAUCCCACACUUGAAGUCCAAAACUUCUUCAGAGAUGGGUGCAAAGCAGAGCAUGAGACAGUUGCCAGCGGCCUGCUCAGUGCCUUCCCUUCAGACUCCUCUUCACCCACAUGUUCCUGCACAAAGGUGGAGUGCUAUUAUAAGUCAGCCUAACAAAGAGAACUUGCAGCACAGCCACAUUUACAACUCUUUAGGGAGAAGAGAAAGCAGUGCAAAGCCACAAAUAUACAACAGGUCACAGUCAUCUUCCUCAGUUGUGGUCAGCAAGUCUGGGGGAGCAAUGAAUUAUCCACCUGAAAUGCAUAAGAAGCAGUUGCAUUCCAACAGAAACUUUCUCUCUGACCACUGUCAAGAAUCGGUGCCAGGCACACCUCCAGGCCUUGCAACAUGUGAUGGGACAACGCAGGUCCCAGAGAAUUUAUCAGAAAUGAUUCUGCAAGACUCACAAAAAGUUUUAAGAGUUAACAGAAACUUGCCCUCAAAUGCACAAAUAGCUACCCAGAACUAUUUUUCUAAUUUCAAAGACACUGAUGACGGAGAAGGGGACGAGGAUGACUAUGUUGAAAUCAAAUCUGAAGAUGAAGAAUCCGAUUUAGAGACUUUCUAUAACCAAACAAAGCUCAUGGAUUCAAAAAUAAAUGCACAUUCUACUCCUCCAGAAACUCACAGUGGCAAAAAUAUGACCCUGGCUCCUGCUAAACCAUCAGACUCUUUCCUGAGCACAUGUAGUGAUUCAGAUAAAUUGAAUGACUACUUAUGGAGAGUGCCAUCUCCUAAUCAGCAGAAUAUUGUCCAAUCCUUAAGGGAAAAAUUUCAGUGUCUUAGUUCAAGUAGUUUUGCUUGAUAUUUUCUAAAAAAUAUAUAAUGUUCUACCUUAAUAGUGAAAAAGGUUAUACUAGGACAGCCAGUACUCAUAAUGCAUAUUGUAGAGUGUGUGUGUUUAACUACCAUCUUCUGAGAAAAAGUAACCAGGUUUUUCACUGUUGAGUAAAUAUGUGGUUUUAUAUUGCAGGUAGAUUUCUGGCUUUCCUCCCAUCCAUUUCCUCCUCACCCCACCCCUGCUAAAAUCUUGGCGAUUAUUGUGUAUGAGAGCCAGUAACAUAGGCCAGAAUUCUGAAUUUUGUGGAAAUGUC